AUGGCUACAAGCAACUUCACACUACAGCAUCCCGACAUCCACGUCGGGCUGCGAGACAACUCGCUCGCAUACAAAGAGUAUUUCGUGCUGGACUCGCUUCCUCACGACGCACCGUUCUUUGACCUGGGCCCGAAUGGCUACCCGAUCGUCAACAUUGGCGAGCGAUUUUGCCGCUGGCGUUCGGCACAUUGGAGCGGACGAGUGAAGCUAUGUGGCAGCAGCCACGUAUCACGGACGGAGCUUUUGAAGCACAUUGAAGAGCAUCAUGGACUUUCGCGGCAAGAUCGGCCACCAAUCAAGAUGAACCACAAUAGGGCAAUGUGUCUAGAGGCGGAUGGAUUCUAUCGGACCGUGAUGAAUCACGGGGCGCCCAAGUCUGUUUAUCUAAAGGACGUGUUGAGGGAACAAGGUGACACGGAGAUGGCGCGCCAGGAAGAGGGUUUUGCCCCACGUGGAACUUCGACUGCUGUGGCUCUACGCAACAAUAACAAUAACGUGGUCACCCAACCCGAGCCAAACGUUGAAGCCGAUCUGGAGUCGGAAUUGAGAGAGAUUGAUGCCGAGAUUGUCGUGGAAGAGCUGAGAGUGAAGCGGCUGCAGGCCGAGGAGAGACUCGCUGAGACAAAGCUGCGCAAGGCUGCCUAUCAACAGUACUAUAUGUCAGUCUGGCUUCCUGAGAGCGCACCGUGUUUCGAUUUUGAUGUCAAUGGUUAUCCAGUAGUAGAAAUCGGCGAGGUGUUCUGCCGCUGGCCCCGCAGAGCUCACAACGAGCGGGGCGGGAUAUGUGGCAGACGAUUGACAACACGAAAUGACUUGUUGAGGCAUAUCGAGGAGAAACAUGGCGUAGACCGGCAGCAUCGUCCAAAAUCAGUACCGUACCACGACGGAGAAGCGUGCGAGCGAGCAAAUGGUGUGACUCCUGCUUCGGAUCUUCUUUUAUCGUCGUGUAACGCUAACGGCAACGCAGCUUUCUACCGAGCCUUGAUGAAUUAUACGAGCAGGAGUCCUGAACGCAAGGGUCACACGUUCGUUGACCAUUUUGUUGCGGAACGAAUGACCCCAGAAGAAGACGUCGCUCGUGGUGCGACGUCACCGACCUGGUCUGGCGAUUCUAUUGCAGCUGAGCCGAGGGAGGAUGACCACUUGGAUGAAGAAGAUAUCGGCCCCGCUGUGGAAGACAACAACUUCACUGUGGAAGAGAACGGCUUCACUGCGGGAGAACACAACUCCGGUGUGACAGGCAAUGACCAGAGUAUGAAGAAUAAUAGCUCAACUGGGCAAGAGAAUGAUGUCGAUGAAGAACUGGAAGAGCUCGAGGCAGAGAUAGCCAUGGAUGAAGUGCAUGUCAAGAGACUGGAGGCAGAGCAGCGGCUCAUGGAGAAGAAGCUGCGUAAAAGGCGCUUACUGAAAAGGAAGAGUGCGAUGGAAAAAGCUGUCAAUUCGAGCGUCGAGAACUCAAUGCUGCGAGACUAG